UUGUUAUUGUUAUGGUUUGAUCAAACUGAAAAAAAAACUUUUCAAAUCUAAAUAUAAAUUUAUUGAUUUCAUUGCGAUUUAAGCAUUUGAUUUAAGCAAAAUGAGCAAAUUCUCGCUCUUCAAUGGCAACGAUGAGGACGAGCACGAAACGGAGCAGAAAUACGCACACCUUAUGAAUCUAGGAAAUGCUAAUCACUCGGUAUCGGAAAAUAGUUCUGGGAAAGCAAGUCGUUGCAAGUGGACCAGCGCAGAGGUGGAGACCUUUCUGGGAAUCAUUCACCAACUAAAACUGCAAGCUGCACUCCGAAGGGCGCAAAGCAAUGCAAAGGUGUUUCGGAUGGUGUCCAGAGAAAUGGCCCGGCGGAACUGCCCCAAGAGUCCAAAGCAUCUGAGAGUCAAGUUCCAUCAGAUGCGGCGUCAGUAUGCGAAGGCUCGGAAUGGCGGCGAACCCUUCGAGCACUUUGAGGCGGUGGACGAGUUGAUGCAGGGAGAAGAUGUAUCUGAUCUGGAUGAAGAGGCGCUGGAGAGUGACAGCGAUAUGGAGGCCGACGAGGACCAGUCCGGCAUGAUCUCGGAAACCGAAGGGGACGAUGCUUUGGAUGCCUCAGGAUCUUCAGUUAACAUCGUUGCCCGCUGCAAGUGGGCAGAGGGCGAAGUGGACCUCCUCCUAGACCUGAUCCACACACUUGGUCUUCGAGCAGCUUUGCUGCAAAAGCGCAAUGCCAAGGUCUUCAAGCUGCUGUCCAAGGAGAUGUCCAAGCGCAACUGCCACAAGGGUGCUGAGAAGCUGCGCAUCAAGUUCCAGCAGCUGCGGCGAUUGUACAACAAGGUCAAGAACGGCACAGGGAAAACGUUCGAGCACUUUGAGGCGAUGCGACUGGUCCUGGAUCCCACCGAAGAGGAGGCGGCCGCGGAUGCUGAAGCGGAAGCCCAUCUGAGCAGCGCAAGCGAUAGUGAUUUCAAUGACAGUGACGAGGAAGAGGGUGAUGCAUCACAGAGAAGCGGAGCGCAUUUUUGGACAGACGAAGAGGUUGAUUCGUUUCUACUCAUCAUUCGGGACAAUGGUUUCUUCCGCGCCUUGGAUGGCUCAAGGAAACGCAACUUCCAGACCCUGGUGCACAUUUCCAACAUCUUGGCUAAGCAGUCCAUCAAACGCACGCCCCACCAGCUGCGCAAUAAACUAAGGCUGCUCUGCAAGCGUCAUCGAGAGGCCAAGGAGCACGGGCUAGAUAAUGUACGCAUUCUGCCUCGCCACUUUGAGCUCUUCGAUGAGCUGAUUCAAGCUCCGCGGGAGAACAAAGAAAAUGCCAUCAGCAGGCUCAUUCGCAUCAGUAAGCCUUCCUUUCUCAAGCCGCCAGGCAAACCAAGCGUUCCGCUGGAAAGUGACAGCGACAACUCCAGCUCCACCUGCGAUCUCCUAAGAGCGGCAGCCGAUAGCGAGGACUACGUGGACGCCAUCGAGACGGAGGCUGAACCAACGCCGAUUGAAGCACUUACUGCCAUCAUGGAAGGUCAAAAGCAGCUGCUUGCGCAGAUCAAAACUACCAACGAGAGCUUCCUGCGGCAGCAACGCGAGCAGCAGCAUCAAUUUUUGGAACAAGUAUCCGACCUGAUGCGUCGAGAUCGAGAGGAGACCCUGCGCAGGAUCAGUGAAAUGCUGCAACCGAAGUAAUGGAAACACAGAACUCAAGCUUCUAAAACUUUUAUUGAAUUGAAUUCGAAGUUAUUGCAAAAAGUUGUCAUUAUUUAUAUAUAUUAUAUGUAUGUAUUCUAUAUUCAUAUCGUGUGUGUGUGUGUGUGUAUCCUGUUUUUGUGACAGUGUCCUGUGUCUAGGGUUUAUUCCUCAUUCAUUGUGAACAGAAUGUUGGUUGAAGUUACUCGCAAUUCGCAGUUGUCUACGAUUUAUCUAGGGUUUUGUAUAAGUAUAUACGUAAUUUUGAGAGAUUUUUCGUUUGUUAUUUGAUAUGCUACAUUGUUAUUUUUGGGAUUAAGUUAACAGUUGGAUUCGUUUUAGGUUUUAACAUUAAGCGAGAAUGCUCGUUAGUUUUUAGUUUUUGUUCUUUUUGUGUCAUCUGUAUACACAUAUGUAUAUAUUUUGUAUAUUGUUCGGUUUACAACAACUAAGCAAGCUCGUCAUAAAAUAUGUGUUGCACUUCAAAAAAAAAGGUAACCAAUUGGGCAUAGAAAACUAAACUGCUGUUGCUGAUCAGAACCGAUCUGGCUUGAUAUAUAUACGUGUAUGUUCGUUACGUUACGCUCAGGCACAAAGUGUAAAUUACAAAUAUCUCUCCGCGUCUCGAAAACUAUAGGGAAACACAAUCAAUCAACCAAUCAAUCAAUCAAUCAAUCAAUGGGUUCUCAUUUGGUGGUUAAUUAUUGCAUUCGCAUUCAUUUCCUAGCGGUGUGUGAGUUGCUUGUAUUUCAUAAUAUUAUUAUUCUUUGAGUUUCUGUGGCUUUGUGUCUCUUGGAGCACGGCUGAAAGCUUGGCUUGACUUGGCUGCUGCUGCUGCUUUAUUUUUUCUCAGUGUGUGGUAACAACAAUAACAAGGUGUCUUUUGGAGAUUAUGUGGACUCUGCAGUAACAAUCUAAGAGCUGACCGGCUCGGGCAGUGGGUUCUCUGUGAUGCGUAUCUUGUUGCUCUGGGUGCCGUAGUAAAGCGUGCCCGAUGUGUCCGUGGUCACGUAGGCUCGGUUGCCAUUUCCGGUUCCUGUUCCGCUGCCGCCGGCACAUCCGUUUCCGUUCUCCAGAUCCAGAUCGUCCCCGUCGACGCUGCGACCAUCCGCAUUAUUAUUGUCCCCCUGGCCGGCGGUGGUGUUGGAGUUGCUGUUGGUGCAAUUGAUGGCCGUCUCCCGGAGGCGAUUGCCCACGCGAAGGCUCAGCUGCCGCUGGCGAUCCCGCUCCCUUUCCCGCUCACGAUCGCGCUCCUCCAUCGCCUGCUGCUGCUGCUCCCGGAAGUUGGCAAAGAAGAUGGAGGAGUAGGUGUGGUAUUUAGUUCCACAGGGCGAACUCGCUGGCGUGGACAGCGGCGUUGCUGUUGCAGUUUUAUAAGUGGAGUUGUUGUUGUUUUGGGGGGAAGGUAGUAGUAGUUUGGCUAUUGUUAUUUACGUUAUGUCACUUGAUAACAUGUAAGUUGUUGGUUCUUGUUCUUGAUGGGUGUUUUUCUUUAUACACUUUCUAAAAGGCUUGCCUGCUGUUUUUGAAAUGUAU